CUCGGGCGCUGGCCGCUUCCUCCGUGCACGCGCGUCUCCUGUUGCUUCUUCCAGCCUUACUUCCCUUUGCGAAGAGCGAAGAGCUCGAGAAGAGGAAGGCGCGGGUCACAGAACAGGAGAUUGGGAGGGUCCGAGAAGCCAGAGGACGCGAGCGACCUGGGAGCCCAGCCCGUCAACCCACUCCGGGAGGCGGGAAAGCUACAAGCCGCGCCCACCGCCCUGCCCCCAGUGCGCCACUCCCGGCUACUGGGACUCGGCACAUCCUCCCGGGAUCUGCUCGGAGGGGACCCAACGCCUAGACACCAUGCAGACGGUGCUGAUCCUCUGCAGCCUGCUGGCCCCUGCAGUCCUGGCUAGUGCACCUGAGAAGGAGAAAGAAAAGGAUCCAUUCUAUUAUGACUACCAGACCCUGAGGAUUGGGGGAUUGGUGUUUGCUGUGGUCCUCUUCUCUGUUGGGAUACUCCUCAUCCUGAGCCGCAGGUGCAAGUGCAGUUUCAAUCAGAAGCCCAGGGCUCCAGGGGAUGAAGAGGCGCAGGUGGAGAAUCUCAUCACCACAAAUGCUGCGGAGCCCCAGAAGUCCGAGAACUGAAGCGCAGCCUCCAGCAGGAAGGUAGACGCCUCCAGAAGCCUAGGCCAGCGCCUGAUCCUUUAGCAGCUGGUGCCAAGGCUUGAGAAAACCGGCUGCUUCAGACCAGACCCUUCCCUAGGAGAAGCCAAGAACACGUGUUCCCGGCGCCUCUCCCUGUCCCCACUAACUCCAGUCCUGUACUUAAAGACCCAACACUCACAGCCCUUCCUUUCUCACCACAGCCGGGGGUCUGGCCCCUUUCUGGGCUGUGUCUAUGUGUGUGUGUGUCUGCCGGCUGUGGUCUUGUGGCUACUCAUUCGUGAAUUUCAUUGUUCCUGUGAACUCUGUGUGUGUUCCCUUUCCCGGGAGGGACUGGGCCAUGUUGCCAUCCAUGCCUUGUGCCCUCCUGUGGCCUCUAUCUCCUCUUGCUCUCUGCAGUCUGCUCUGCCCCUGAGAAGCCCUAUUCCAUCUCUGGAUUUAGGUUUGAGGGAGAAUUGUGCCCAGGGCAGGAGUCCCCAGCUGUCUUGGGACUGAGAGGUGUAUAUCCUCUGUGUUUCCUCUCAGAGGAAGCUUGCUACCUCUCAGAGGAAGGUUACAUCCGUUUCAAAGGUCUGUCAGCUGCUGGAGAGGCCAAAGAUGGCCUCCCUCCAGGCCUACUGGGGUCCUUAUCCUUUUAGGGUGACCCCUGCAGCGCUCCAGUCUGUCCUACCUGUUGCAGAAGGGAACAUGAGGCGGGGGAGGAUUCCAGGCACAGGGCUUCUUGCCUCUGGGAAUGAGCCCCUCACAUACCUUUUGAGCAAUAACCCCGCAGAUUCUGGAAUCCUCCUACUUUCGCCCACCUUCUCAGCUUCUGGGACUUUCAUUUCUAGCCCAGUUCAUUUGACCCGAGGAUUCCUUCCUUCUCUGAAGAAGGUGUCUGGCAGGGAUGGCUGAAGGGAUGGGCAGCAGAGAGAGCGGGGUGGAUCUGGCAGCCACUGCAGUUUCUUUCCUCCACCUGUCAAGGGUCAGAGUGGAAAAGGAUGGGAGGGUGCAGGAGCUGCAGGGUUGCAGGUCAGAGACCAACAGGGUAUGGACAGCCUGGGUGCACAGCCAAGGCUAGAAGUCAAAGGUCAUCAGAGUAGAAACUCAAACCAAACCCUGCCCCACCUGUCCAUUGUAUUCCCUUGGAAACUCACCAAGCCACACUGUGUACACUGCUGAUCUCUGUCUUGUGAUCUAUCCUCUGACAACGGAAAAAUAAGUAAAUAAAACCUUGUUUCGUGGUG